AUUCUAUCCCCCAUGACAUUCAGAAUCUAGUUGGUAUUAUGGCAUCACCCUUGUUCAUCCUCUUGAUGCUUCAGGCUUUUCUUGUUUCUACUUCUGUUUCUUCCACUGUGUCUUUCUCUCCCAACCAAACAGAAACUCUUCUCAAAUGGAAGACCAGUCUCGACAACCAAAGCCAAAGUUUCCUCUCGUCUUGGGUUGGGGACCGUCCUUGCAAAUGGGUUGGAAUUGCUUGCAAUAAAGCCAAAAGAAUCACCAGAAUAGCCAUUCAUGAUUAUGGUCUCAAAGGUACAAUUCAUGGCCUUAACUUCUUUGCCUUCCCUGACCUAAUACAGCUCAAUCUUAGCAAUAAUUCACUUCACGGGGCAAUUCCUUCCCACAUCGUUAACUUGUCCAAACUCACUUAUCUUGAUUUGUCUUACAAUAACUUUUCGGGGAACAUUCCUUUUGAGGUAGGAUUGCUUAAAUCUCUCACUAAACUUGAUUUGUCUGAUAAUAGUUUCUUUGGCUCAAUCCCUACUUCCAUAGGAAACUUGAGCAACCUAUCUAUUCUUGAUCUCUAUGAUAACAUGCUUUCUAACUCAAUACCUUCUGAGAUAGGAUUGCUUAAAUCUCUCAUUGAACUUGAUUUGUCUGAUAACAGUUUCUCUGGCUCAAUCCCUACAUCCAUAGGAUUGCUUAAAUCUCUCACUAAACUUGAUUUGUCUGUUAAUAGUUUCUCUGGCUCAAUUCCUACUUCCAUAGGAAACUUGAGCAACCUAUCUAUUCUUUAUCUCUAUGAUAACAUGCUUUUUGACUCAAUGCCUUUUGAGGUAGGAUUGCUUAAAUCUCUCACUGAACUUGAUUUGUCUGAUAACAGUUUCUCUGGCUCAAUCCCUACAUCCAUAAGAUUGCUUAAAUCUCUCACUGAACUUGAUUUGUCUAAUAACAGUUUCUCUGGCUCAAUUCCUACUUCCAUAGGAAACUUGAGCAACCUAUCUAUUCUUUAUCUCUAUGAUAACAUGCUUUUUGACUCAAUACCUUUUGAGGUAGGAUUGCUUAAAUCUCUCACUGAACUUGAUCUGUCUGAUAAUAGUUUCUCUAGCUCAAUCCCUACUUCCAUAGGAAACUUGAGCAACCUAUCUGUUCUUUUUCUUUAUGAUAACAUGCUUUCUGGCUCAAUACCUUUUGAGGUAGGAUUGCUUAAAUCUCUCACUGAACUUGAUUUGUCUAAUAACAGUUUCUCUAGCUCAAUCCCUACUUCCAUAGGAUUGCUUAAAUCUCUCACUGAACUUUCUUUGCGUAAAAACUAUUUAUCCGGGCCUAUUCCUUUGGAAAUGAAUAACCUUAGUCUUCUUCAAAAUUUACAAUUGGGUGAUAACAAACUUAGUGGUCAUUUACCUGAGAAUAUUUGCCUUGGGGGAUUUCUCACAUACUUUUCAGCACGUAAAAAUCAUUUGACAGGUCUAAUCCCGAAAAGUUUGAAAAACUGCAAUAGUUUAUUUAGAGUAAGGCUUGAAGAGAACCAACUUGAAGGGGAUAUAACAGAGGCAUUUGGAAUAUAUCCCAAGUUGGAUUAUAUUGAUCUCAGCAAUAACAAGUUGUAUGGUGAGCUUUCUCCAAAUUGGGCUCAAUGUCAUAAUCUCACAAGCUUGAAGAUCUCUAACAAUAACAUCUCUGGUAAGAUACCUCUUGAGCUAGCUCAAGCCGCUCAAUUACAACGCCUUGAUCUUGCUUCAAAUCAGCUGAAUGGGGAGAUUCCUAAGGAAUUAUGCAACUUGACAUCAUUGGUCUAUCUCUUUCUAAAUGAUAACCAACUGUUUGGUAGAAUCCCAUUAGAAAUAGAACAGCUACUCAAUUUGCAACAACUCAGUUUGUCCACAAACAAUUUGGGUGGAACAAUUCCAAAACAACUUGGAAGAUGCUUCAGGUUAUUGAGCUUGAAUUUGAGCAACAAUCAACUUGGGGGAAGUAUUCCAUUUGAAAUAAAGAACAUAUUUGCCCUUGAAACUCUUGAUUUGAGUUGGAAUAUUCUAAUGGGAGAGAUUCCACUAGAGCUUGGAAGAUCCCAAAGGUUAGAAACACUUAAUCUUUCUCACAACAUGCUUUCUGGGCUCAUUCCUCCUACUUUUGAUGAAAUGUUGAGCUUGACAAAUGUCAACAUCUCCUACAAUCAGUUGGAGGGCCCCAUCCCUCACAUCAAAGCCUUUCUUGACGCCCCAUUUGAUGCUCUUGAAAACAAUAAAGGCCUUUGCGGCGCUGCCUCUGGCCUAAUGCCUUGUCCAUCCAAAAGCCACAAGAGAAGUUCAAGUGGACUUGUGAUUUUGAUAGUUGUACCUAUUUUGGGCGGCUUGCUCCUAUUGCUUAUCUUGGUGUGGUGUUUACUUCUUGUUGAUUGCAAAAAAUAUAAGCCAAGAAAGGGUCAAUAUCAAGAUAUUUUUGCCAUAUGGGGAUAUGACGGAAAAAUCGUCUAUGAAAACAUUCUUGAAGCUACGGAGCAAUUUAACUCCAAUUACUGCAUUGGUUCAGGAGGAUAUGGAAAUGUUUACAAAGCUGUUUUGCCUGCAGGUCGAGUUGUUGCUGUGAAGAAACUUCACACCUCAAAUGAUAACGAGACCAUCAAUUUACGAGCGUUUGAAAGCGAAAUUCGUGUUUUAACAGAAAUACGACAUCGCAACAUUGUUAAGUUGUAUGGUUUUUGUUCUGAUGAGGAGCACUCAUUGCUGGUCUAUGAGUUUGUGGAAAGAGGGAGCUUGAAAAUGGUUUUGAGCAACCCAAAAGAAGCAGCGGAGUUGGAUUGGGAUAAGAGGUUGAACAUUGUUAAAGGAGUAGCUAGUGCCUUAUCUUACAUGCACCAUGAUUGCCCAUCACCAAUAAUCCAUCGUGAUAUUUCUAGCAACAAUGUUUUGCUUGAUUUGGAUUACGAAGCUCAUGUCUCUGACUUUGGCACUGCUAGAAUUUUAAAGCCUGACUCCUCCAACUGGACAUCCUUUGCAGGCACCUUCGGCUACAUAGCUCCAGAGUUUUCUUACACCAUGCAAGCAACUGAAAAGAGUGAUGUCUAUAGCUUUGGGGUGGUAGCAGUGGAAGUAAUCAUAGGAAGGCAUCCAGGAGAUAUCAUUUCGAAUUUAUGGAUAUCGAAUGGCCAAAAGAUGCUGCUGAAGCAUGUCAUAGACCAGCGUCUUCAACCUCAACCGAGGAACCAAGUAGCUGAGCAAAUGGUUUCAACAACAAAGCUAGCCUUUACAUGCCUGCAUGUCAACCCCCAAUUGCGGCCCACCAUGCAGCAAGUUUAUCAGGCACUUACUAGUGGUCGACCAUCUCCAUUGCCAAAGCCAUAUUCAAUGAUAAGUUUAGGGGAUUUGAUUGGAGAUGGACAUGGAAUGCAGAGCUGAGUUGCUGAUGAUUUGGAUAUUCGUCAUAAUUCUAGGUCUGUCUAUCAUUUAUCCCUUUUAAUAUAUCUACCUUUUUCUCUCAACAAUAACUAUUUCAGUGCUUUGUAUGUUGCACUCUUCAUGAUGAAUUUAUUAAUCUGUAUUCACAGGCUGCUAUUUACUGAUGCAAUGGAAUUGUUCCUUAUCCGUAUUAAUUACUGGUUGCCAGGACUCGCAAAGGGCUUGAAGACAUGCUGUUAAUUAGCCUGAAGAUGAAUGGUUACUUUUAUACUUCGUUCCUUUCCUUUCGUUUCCUUGUUGGCUCUCCAGACUUGGUUGUUUUUAACUUCCACCUAGAUAACAUAUUUUGUGUAUUUCCCUUUUUGUGCUUCUCUUGUUUGUGUAUUAUUUUGCUUAUUUCUUUUCUUCCAGAAAGGUGUAAGGAGACUGUGUGGAGUACAUAUCUAUUCAAGAAGAUUACUUUUUUGCUAGAAAAAAUCUCUUUAACAUGAGUGAUAACACUUUCUAUAAAUUUAGUAAUUUAUU